GCUGCGUUACUUGGAUUUGGGUCACAUAUAAAUGAAAAUAAAUAAAUAAUAGGUAUAUAUUUUCAGAAAAAAUACAAAGUAAAGCUCAUAUCAUCAACCGAAUGUAAUAUCACCGAAACGAAGGAUACAACCGCAGUGACCUACGGAACCGAAAUUAAAAGCUUGAACAGACAUACAAAAGUCAUCCGAAGUAACUUCACUGUGUUGCGCGCUACGGGACCCAUUGCGAUGAGUUUAAAAAUCAUUCAAUUAAAGGGUUCACGCAAGAUUGAGAUAUUCAAAAUAGAGAAGGUGGAUUGUCACAACCCGAUUACAUACCAGCUGGUUAGAAUGCUCAAUAUGAAGUUGACCGACGAUUGCAAGGUUAUGCCGGGUAAUUAUUUAUCGGAGAGUAUUAAUCCGCAGGAUUUUUCCUGGAUUCUUGCAAAGGCCGUUGGUGAAAAUGGAAGAUACGAGUUUCAGAUGCAUUAUUACUCCGAGAAAGGUCUCGCAAUAUGCAAUAGUGUAAUUUGUGACAUUCAACAGUCGAAAUCGAAAUAAUUUUGUUAAU